AUGGGUGCACUGAGUAGCAGUGUCAGGAAAGAAUUCAGCCCUGAUUGGAUUGCUCCAACUUCAAGAAGUAAAGGUGAUAGCAUUCGGCGUAAUCGCUUAACAUCUAUUAUACAUAAUAAAUGUUUCAUUGAGAAAUUGAAAAUUUUCGGUUGGCGACAGAAGUACCGACAGAUAUCGCGAGAAGAUCAGCGUGCUUUUUGCGAUCUUAUCAGUCAUUGGACAAGUACUGAACUUGUUGCUCUAUUAACAGAAAUGGAAAGUGCCUGCAGGGUGCGGGAGUUAAUUUCGAUGGCUGAGGAAACGCGACCAGGCACAUCUGUUCUGGCAACGGAUUUGCUGAAUGCUUGGAAGAAUGAAAUAGUUUCUGACUGCUUUGUUACACAUAAGGGAUUCCGUUAUGCUGCUCAUUCCUUUAUACUUCAAGCACGUUGUCGUUAUUUCUCUGAUUUCUGGAAUUCAUUGGUUACACAGCAAUCGGAUGAUGCAAAGUUGGAAAUCUUAUUCAUGAAUAAUAGUAUAUCGUCGGAAACAUUCCAAGCUAUGUUGUAUUAUAUUUAUUCUGGUGAAUACGACAAAUCAUUAUCUGAUUUCGAUCAACAGUCAUUUAAUGACAUUUUACAAAGGUAUGGUUGUGGUUCGUCUCUUUCCAGUGAUCUUAUGGCAGUGGAUUCCCAAAAAUGCGACUGUACCUUAAUUUUUACAAUGGGGAACAGAGAAGGAAGUCAUAGUGAAAAUUGUGAUUAUCGGAUAAAAUGUUCGGGAGCAAUUCUGGCAGCACGAUCUAGUUAUUUGCGAUCUGUGAUAGAGAAACGUAUUUUAUGUGGUGAAGAGUUAAAAAUUGUCAUCAAUGAACAUCUUUUCCCACGCAUAUAUGCACGUAUUAUUUUGGAUGCAAUUUACACAGAUCGGUUGGAUUUAAAUAAGAUGCCAGAUGGAUGUCAGGUAUCAGUGAGCAGCUUGAGUGAGGUGCAGGCAAUCGCAUCUGGACAACGACAUCUUGCUCCUCUUCGUCAUGCUAUUGAUAUAUUCCACAUAGCACAGUUUCUUAAUCUUCCAUAUUUAAUACAUGCCUGUGAGGACAUUAUCGUAGCGCAAAUAUCCAUAGAAACGGUGGGAAGCCUAUGGAAUUGGGCAUGCGAGCCUGGUGGUUCUGCUUACGUUCGACGUCAUUGCAUCGCAUUUCUUUGUGCCGAUUUUUCUCGAAUUUGUUCUUCACAUUUACUUUUUGAGCUAGAAGAAGAUUUACUGAAGGAUUGCCUGCUUUCUGACUAUGUUCAGUGUGUUGAAGUGAAAAUCCUGGAAACAGUAAUACGGUGGGGUGAACAUCAAUUGAUGCGACGAAUGGAAGAACGAGAACCAAACUUAAUCGCCAAUACUGCUCACAGUAUCAGUAGGAAAGGCAUUCGCCGGUCUGAUUUGAAUGAUGUAGAACUGAAAAGUAUUUUAUCAAAUUUACUACCUCUUGUUCGAAUCGAUUAUAUUCUUCCUCCAUUCCACCAGAGUUUGAAUGCUGCUUAUAAACGGGGUUUGUUGGACAGUUCACCACAUAUGGAUUUAUUGGGCCAACGUUAUCCGGAUAGCAGAUCUCCGGAUGUAAAUCCUGAUGCACAUUGGUUUGAUCAUAGUGUACCACGUCGACAUGCUGCCGGACCACGACUUCUACUACCAUAUAUUGUGGAAGUCCGGAAGCAGUUGAGACGUUUAUGUAGAAGUGGAGAAAAUGUAUCAUACACACUGCAACAAAAAACUUCACAGGCUGAUGAACUGCAAAUUUUCGUCAAUAAUUUAUCUCCAGAAACUGUUCCUGAGAGUUUAAGACUGAAGAUUGAAAAGCGUGUGAAGGAAUUGGCUGAAGAUGAUUUAUUGAAGAAAGUAACCUGCUGUGGUUGUUCAUAUCAUCUUGAGUUAGCCAUCGAGCAGAUUCGUCUUCAUGUACUUCGAGAAUUAAAUAUUGGUGAGAAAUGUGUGGAAGUGUUAUGUAUUAAUUCGGCAUCAAAACAAAAUCUGUUGCCAUAUUAUUACUGCAGCCAGCCAACAGUAACUGCCGUUAAUAUUGACGUCUCCCUUUCUUUCACAGCGCUUUCCAAUUAUGAUAACCACAAGAAAAGCUGUUUACCAGACGUACUGCACAAUGGAACCACUUUAUAA